AUUUUAGAAUAAAAUGGAUUUUGAGUCGAGCUCAAAUUUUGAGCAAAUGUUUUCUUUCAGCACAAAUUUCUCAGACCCUUUAGCGUUUCCAAGCCAGAGUGAGAAAUCCAGAUUCCUGGACAUCCUUGACUCCCCAGAAAACAGCGAUGAUGAGCCUGAACAAGUCGUUGAAGAGCCUAAGAAAGCUGUUAUUAAGCCAAAAGAGCCUGAGGAAUCCAAAUAACAUCGGGUACUUUCCAACAAAAGUUGUAUUAGCGAAGAAUUUGCCUGCCAAAACUACCGAACUUGACCUCCACUCAGCCUGAGAAUCUUUUGGUGUAGUCAAAAAGUGCUUUAUUCUUAUCCAAAUUAAUAAUGCCUUCAUCGAAUUUGAAAAUAAAGAAGCUGCCCAAAAAUGAAUAAACUCUAAUAAUAAUGCCGAUGGUCCGACUAUUAAGGGGGAGAGAAUAAAAUUCUGCUUCACUGGUAGAGAGGAGAUUGUGCUUGAAGGAUCGGAUCAAGAAUUUAAGAAUAACAUCCUUCUCAUUACUAUUACAAAUAUUAUGUUCCAGAUAAACAUUCACACCCUUGCUAGUGUCUUCUCGUAUUAUGGAAAAGUACUACGAGUUGUUAUUUUUCACCGCAUCCAUGGUCUACAGGCCUUAGUAGAAAUGGAGACUAUAGAGCAGGCAGAAGCCUGUUUCAAAAAUCUAAAUAACACGGAUUUGUAUCCAAACGGUAACACUCUAAAAAUCCAGUAUUCCUCACAGACCAAAUUGGAGAUAUCAAAGGACAGUAAAAACUCUAUUGAUUUCACGAAGACACCUUAUCCUUCGGAGAGUGUCCCUUGUCUUAGCUCUGAUAAGUUAAUAACAAAACCCUGAAUUCAGUCAGAAUUUUCCUCUUUAUCAAUUAGCACACCUAUUGAUACAAGGAGUUAUAGCAGCAAUAAUAGCUCGUAUUAUUACCAAAACUCGUAUGGCCACGACCAGAAUUACUAUGCUGGGUACCCCCAGCAUAGCUAUUCAGAGCAUGGGUACCCUGCUUCCCUCCCAUCGAGCAUGUAUUAUCCAGCUAAACCCGAAGGGAAUUCCAUGAAUCAAUACUCACCGAAGCCUACUUCGGUGAAGAAAGACAACAACAUCUUGAUAGCUUCUGGGUUUCCAGAAGAUGUGACGCCAUACAGAAUCUUUCGGUUCUUCUCGCUCUAUGGAAACGUCACCAAAGUGAAGAUAAUGUUCAAGAAAAGAGAUACAGCUCUGAUCCAGUACAUGGACAAUUACCAAGCUAAACUUGCAAAGUUGUACCUGAAUGGAUGCCCGUUCGGUGACAGCUACAUCAAGGUUAAUAAUUCAAAGUCUCAGUACAUAAUAAUGCCAAAGAAGGGGAGCAAUUGUGAGGAGAGCAUGCUUGCUCAAGAUUUCUCACACUCGAAGGAGCAUAGAUAUAAAAUUGCGGGAAGUCGGAAUUUCCAGAACAUUGCUCCACCUUCGAAGGUACUUCACCUCUCAAACUUGCCUAAAGAGAUCGACGAGCCAAAGCUGAAAAAGUUGUUGUCCAAAGUUGCCGAUUUUGAAAAAAUCAAAUUCUUUGACGUUGCUGGCAAGGUGAUGGCCCAUGCUGAGUUCGACUCCAUCAGCACCGCUAUCGAGGUGAUUAUAGAGUUCCACAACUAUAAUAUUGAUGGGAGGUACCUCAAGCUUUCUUUUUCUAAAAAUGUGUCAGAUAAUUUACAACAGUAAAGCCAAAAGAGAGUACCAGAAUCAACAAAAUUUCCCUCUUUAAAUUAUCUUAUGCAUUGAUUUCA